GCCGUGUGCUUUCUCUUAGAUUGAAGUCAAACAGUCUUGUUCGGGUUUUGGGUUUUGAGAGACGGUUUUGGCUUCUGGGUCGGUCGUGUUUGAUCAAUCUUCGUAUCUCGAAAGGGUGAACUUUGUUGGGUUUGGCUUUUGCGCACUGUUGAAUCAACUUUUCCAGAUGCCUCGAAGACCAUCAUCAGGAAGAAGAGUGUUAAAGUAUCAGCCUUUAGCAUUUUCACCGUUUAUGCGGUUACUUUCCUUUGCUUCAAUGGCUAGGCGUAAUUUGCCUCAUCCUGAAGAUUGUCAAUGUUCUGAUGAAGAGAUAUCUUUUGAUGAAAAGGAAAAGAUCCCUAAUUUAUCUAAGAAAGGGAAAGAACAACAAUUAUCGGACUCGUCUGAUGAAGAAGAUUCUCAGGAAGAUGUGCAAGCAGACUUUGAGUUCUUUGAUCCUAAACCUACAGACUUUCAUGGGGUUAAGAUCCUGUUACAAAACUAUCUCGAUGACAAGGAGUGGGAUUUGAGCAGUUUUGUUGAUUUCAUAUUGGAGCAAACAACUGUAGGAACUGUUGUGAAAGUAGCAGAUGAUGAGGACGAGUCAGUAUUUGCUCUUGUCACUGCUCUUAACAUGGCAAGAUAUAAGGACAACAAGUGCUUUAGAGACUUAAAAGAGUUUCUUCGAAAAGUUUGUUCAGAAAAGACUAUAGCGAAUAAUCUAGAAAUGCUCUUAGAGAAAAAGGCACAAGAUGUUGGUUUAUUGGUAUCUCAAAGAGUGAUGAACCUUCCUCCACAACUUCUUCCUCCACUGUACGAUGGAUUGUUCGAUGAAGUCUCAUGGGCCACUGAAGACGAGCCUACAGAAGAGCUUCGAAGAUCAUUCCGCUUCAAGUCAUAUCUUCUAAUUACCAAGAUUUACAAGCUGAAGAAUCCUAAGCAGAGAAAACCUCGACAUGGUGAAGACAUUGAAGAAACAAUAUUUCUUAAGCCUGAAGAUGAACUCUUUCUUGAGCUUAGCUCUUGGUCCUUCACAUUCCCUAUGCGCUCACAGCUCGUUACUUCCCAAGAAAUGAAGAAUUAUCAGUUGAUGGGUUUAGUGAUGGCCGUGGAAGCAAACAAGAUUCCUAAAUUCAGAAAGAUGUUGAACUCUCUCAUCGAUGAACAAUGAUGAACAUCUUCUUCUUAAAGAUUCGAUUAACGGUUUAGUUGUAAUCGAUUCCCGCCAGUUUUGUUUGAUUCGGUCAACGAUUAUUGAGGUUUCUUUUGUCUGAAACAAUGUCUUGUGAAACUCUAUAAAACGCACAACAUUAUGAAUCUUUAUCAGUCAAGAUUAUUCAUCUUUCGAAUUUUCUA